UUUUUUAAUAAUAAUAAUAAUAAUCCUAUCACUAUCACUCUCGUCCUGUAUCUUCGCCUUAUCAAAUAAUUAUCAAUAACAAAAUGUAAUAUACAUUAUUUAUUAAUUUAUUUCCUCUAAAUAAUUCGCUCUUGGAGCUCGAUCUGCGUCAGAGAAGUAAAUUAUUACUUCGAAAAAGCCGUCAAGAUUUCAUGGAGGGAAUUGAAGAGAGGAAGAAGAAGAGUGAAGCACAUUUAACAGUAUCUGCUGCAGCUUUCGUCGAAGGAGGGAUACAGGAAGCGUGUGAUGAUGCUUGCAGUAUUUGCCUGGAAAACUUCUGCGACAGUGAUCCCUCAACUGUGACCAGUUGCAAGCAUGAGUUCCACCUCCAGUGCAUUCUUGAAUGGUGUCAAAGGAGUUCCCAGUGCCCUAUGUGUUGGCAACCCAUCAGUUUGAAGGAUCCCAUGAGUCAGGAAUUACUUGAGGCUGUAGAACAGGAGAGGAGUUUUAGGUUAAAUCCAUCAAGAAAUGCCACCAUAUUUCAUCAUCCAGCCCUUGGGGACUUUGAAUUACAGCAUUUGCCAGCGGGUGCAAAUGAUGCUGAACUUGAAGAGCGUUUAAUACAGCACUUAACUGCUGCUGCGGCAAUGGGGCGGCGUCGUAUUUCUAGAAGGGAAGGGCAGCGGAACAGGUCAUCAGCUCAAGGUCGUCCACAGUUCCUAGUACUCUCAAGUCAACCUAAUGGAUCCCCUGCUGGUUCAAUUUCUUCCUCCCCAACUCAGAGAGAAGGUGAACCUGUUUCUGCAAUCACAAUAGCAACACCAUCUUCCCAACCACUUGAAUCUUCUCUACAACCAAUCACACCACUGUCUUCUGAAGCCCUGGCUGAUCCAUGUUCUGCUUCAGCUUCUGGAUCCAGUUUUACCAAUCAACAUGCAAAUUCCAUGGACAAUAGAUCUCCUAAUCAGUCUUCUCCAAAUAGUCAAGACAGAGCAGGGCCGUCAGACCUUCAGUCAUUUUCAGAGUCUAUCAAAUCCAAAUUCAAUGCAGUGUCAAUGAGAUAUAAAGAGUCGAUUUCAAAGAGUACUAGGGGAUGGAAAGAGAGAUUUUUCACUCGCAAUACUACCAUGGCAGAUCUAGGUUCUGAAGUUAGAAGAGAGGUCAAUGCUGGAAUUGCGACAGUAUCUCGCAUGAUGGAGCAUCUAGAAACCAGAGAUGAUAGUAGAACUGGCACCUCUUCUGUAUCAAACAGUGUAGACGGUUCAGUUGCAGAAUCUAACAGUCAGCAACCGGAGGUUGGUACUGUCAAUGCAACAAGUGAUCCCAAUACUAAAGAGCAAGCUUCACAUGCUGCAAGUUCUGGCUCAGUUUAAGUACAAUUUCACAAUCUUAUCAUUGACAUUUAACAGGAAGAUAUAGAAUGCUGUGGAUGAGAUGCUUUGCCCCUCUUCAAGCUAGCUUAUUAUAGAAAAGGAAACAAAUUGUCAAGCGAAGUGCGAGUCAGAAUAAAGAACUAGACCAAACGCUCUUAUCCGGACACGGACUCCAGCAGAUGCUUGUAAAUCAGUUUACAAGGACGACCUUACAUAUAAUUAUAACCCACAAGGUACUUUACAAGUACGGUAGGUGUGCUCGUAUUUGAGAUAUAGAUGAUUUAAAGCUUUGAAUAAAUUCCUUUUGUUAUCA